AUGAGCCCCGCUCGCUGCCCGGCUCGGCCCCGCCCAGGGCGGUGCUACCCCGUGGACGGGGCCCAUAUGCAAAUGAACCGCUAUGUGAUGGGCGGAGCCUGCAUGCAAAUGAGACAGCAGUGUGAUGGGCGGGGGCUGUAUGCAAAUGAAUUGUUAACUGUUGGGCGGGGCCUAUGGCAGUCCCCGGGGACGCACCGGAGGGCUCCGGGCGGGUCGGGCAUCAGGGUGCGCCAGGGAAAUCGAAGCACACGGAGGCGCUUCGGGGGCACCGCGAGGGUGCAGCGGGGCCCGGAGCCCGCAGCGCCGCCUGCCCCGGAGCCGCGGCUGCCCCCGCCCCGCGCCGCCCGCCCCGCAGCCCCCCAAGCCCCGCGCCGCCACUCGCCGCCCCGGCAGCGCGACUCACCGAGUGACCACUGGAGUGAGCGGGCACGGUACGGGCACCACCACCCGCAGCGCCCGCUCGUCCUGCCGCUCCAACGACUCCCGCCCGCACAAGUUUCCUUUCUCCGCCGAGGCGCCAACUUUCGUUUUCACAGGCUCGGUCCCCACCCAGACCACCCCGGCCAAGCCCGGCCCCGGCCGCCCCACCGCUCCCGGGCGGCUCUCGACGGGUCCCUCCCCGUCUGGACCCCCCAUUCCGGCCGGGGUGCCCUCCGGUACCCCCCGAGCAUCCCCCCACCCUUCAGCCGGGUGCAGGAGUCCCCGGCCGGCGCAGGGGCGCAGGCAGGACCCGGCAGCAGCAGUGAGGGCAGGUGCGCUGGAGGAGAGCACUUUGUGCUGGUCCCGACAACCAAAAGCGGAUUCCGCAGUCAAAAGUGGGGGCACGGCUGCUGCCCCAUCCCGGAUCCGACCAGGACCGAGCCGAAGACGGGCUCCCAGCAGCCCUGCCCUAAACAAGCAUCCCAUUUUACCCCCGUGCCCCUCUUUUCCCCCUCGCGGCAUACCCACAGCUCAGCGCACUCCAGGGCAGGACCCAGAGUCCUGGCAGGUGUGUGGCUCCCGGACACCUGUUCCGCCCUUCCAGCGCCUGCGGCAGCAGGAGCUGCGCAGAACGUGCCCUCGGGCUGCGCUCGCUCAGCCGCACUGCCCCAGCUUGCUUUCGGUUUCUUUCCCCAGCACACUGAGCAACACCCAAAAGACAACUCCCCUUCCCACACAAAAGUAAAAAGCUUUCCCUCUGGAAGGGAGAGAUCCCACUGACUUCAUUAGCAGUUUCUGAUUUAUUGCACCCUCGAUGUCCCGAGGGCAGUUCAGGGUAACUGAAUUCCCGACCCUGCCCAGCCCCACCAGGUGCUGUCCCCAUCGCACAGCCUGGUGCCACCGUGCCUGUCCCCCUGGCAGGGCCCAGGCCAGGGCCUGCACCCCAGGGUGACAGCCCAGCCCUGACCCAGGGCAGCGUUUGGCACAACACUCCACAGACAAGAUAAGGAUAAAAAAAGGAUUCAGUCUCAGAUAGCCACAAUCAAAGGGACAGCGUUGAGCCCGGGAUCGGCGCUGGGUGACCACAGAUCUGAACUCUACCACUUUGGAUCCCCUCUGUGCACAAAUGCUGUCUCUGCGGGGCUAGUUUUAUACGGGUUUUUUCACCUGGGGCAUGCUGGGCUGGGCAAAACCUUUUCUGGGAAAUGAUGAAUGCUGAUUGUCGAGUUACAGGAACCUGGUAUUGGGAUGCACAUUUUUGACGACUCUUACUAAUCGAGUAUGCAUCUGUUGGGUGUCUCUGGACUGUCCCGGGAAAGGGCUCAUCUCUGCACAGAGCCACAUCUUUUUGUUUGCUAAUUAGGUUUUUUUCUCUUCCCGGCUGCGGCUUGUGAUUUUAAAUCUUUAAGAAUUUUUUGUACAAGCACAGCUUAUUUAAUUUAUAUUUUACACAGGAACGAAUUAUUCCAUAACAUAUAUCACAAGUACAAUCCCAGAUGUUUUCCCUCUCCUCAGCUGGAGGCUGAGCCCAUGUGUCUGCUUGGAGGGCAGCACAGCAGCCCUGAAACAGCUUUGAGAGCUCCCCAAGUAUCACCACUGGAGCAUCCCAGAACAUAAAAAAGGUCCAGAAUUAAAAGAGUUGUUUAAAAAAUGUCAGCAGCUCCCUGUAGGAAGGAUGGCUUUGCACUGGUCACUGUGACAAGGAACAGUUUUGUCCCACAGCCUGUGUGGGGUUGGGCUGGCUCUGUUCUGUGCAUCUCGGUGUGGGACAUGGGGACAGGCCAUCCCCAUGCCCAGGGUGGGGCAGGUGGCUCCCACGGAGGGUGCUGGUGUCACUGGGCUGGCACAGGACGUUCAGCCCAAACUGGUCUCGCUGGAUGAGCCCGGUGCUCUUGGCAGUGCUCACGAAGGGCUCUGCCCUGCUGCCUCUCAGCUCUGCUGACCUGCACUGCUCUGGGACAGGGGAGGGGGAAGCAGAGUCAAAGCAAGGCUCAUGUCCUGGCUCUGCCUGGGGCAGAGGCAAUGCUCUUCCCAGGAGCGGGCUCAGAGCUGUGUUUGAGCUCAGGAUGAGGCUGCUGUUGAUCAGAGCUGGAUGGUUGAGCUGCUGCUGAGCAGUGCUUCCAAUAAGCCAAGGACUUCUCAGGUUCCCAGGCUGCCCGGGCAGCGAGGAGCUGGGAGGGGGCAGAGCCAGGAGAGCUGCCCCAGUGCCCAGAGGGAUGUUGCAGAGCACAGGGCAUGGUGCUGAAGGAAACACUGGGGUGAUUUGGCCGAGGGGUGAGGGCCACUGCUCAGGGGCUGGCUGGGCAUUGCUGAGAGAAUGGUGAGCAAGCACCCUGUGCAUCACUGGCUUUGGAUAUUCCUGGAUGGUUAUGUCUCAGUUUGGAAAGACAGGUGCCUGCUAAGGAAGGCAGGAGCCUCCCCUGAAAUGGAGAAUGCGAACCACCCCACCCCCCCACCCCCUUCCAAAUUGCUAUAAAUUUUAAAUUAAGGGGCUCUCAGGCAAAAAAUAUGGGAGCAGGCAAAAAAUAUGGGAGCAGGAAAUGAAAGUUCUUUAAUAGGGAAGAAAAUAAAAGGCUAAAAUAAACAAUGCAGUGCACUAGAACAACACUGACAGAGUCAGAACCCAACCUGACACCCUGUUGGUCAGGGUGUUGGCAGCAGUCCAAUUGGAAUUGUGGCUGCAGUCCUCCUGGAGUGUCAGGUGUGGUUCUGCUGGAGCAGGGAUCCUGUAAAAAAAGGGUGUAGUCUUCCUCUGAAGAUCCAGUGGAAGAAGAGGCAGCUGCUGUUCCUCUGGGAAAUCCAGUGAAGAAGCUGUGCUAGUAUUCUACAAUCUCCAGAUUAUAUCUGGAGGAGCAAUGCUUGGCUCCUCCCUUUGGGCAGAGCAUCUCACAAUGGGAUGCCACAGUUCUUAUCAGUCAUAAGCAGAUGUGGAGUAAAAAUAUGGGUGAUUGGUGUUAGAAGUAUUAACAGCAUUGUGGGGCAAAAGCCAAUAGGCUGAAAAACAUUUAUAAGGUAUUGUAACCAGGAAAUAGGGUGGCUUCUGACAGAAUGGCAUUGAGUUUUACAUCUCUUAUGUCUCACCCUUCAUCAGGACUGAUAAUGGAAUAAAAUCUUUUAAAACACC